GUUCAUUGCCGGAACGCAAGCCGAACUACCUAAGCUCGUCUUUUCCCGUUGUUUCAUUGCUUGUCGGUUGCCCGUUAGUUCGUUCCGCUGGUUAGGAGCCGAGGGCACGUGUUUUCGACUCUUUUACCACGCCGUUCUUCUUCCGCCAAGAAACGAGGGUAAGCCGGAAGUAGAAGAAUGACCGACCAAAAGUAUUAUGCACCGUAUCCCCCGCUGUCGGGGAUGGGACUGCAGCCACCGCAGCCGAUUGCAACAGCUCCGCCACAGCCAGGUGCGUCGAUGUUACCGCCAGGUGGUUGGUUACCGCCGAAUAUGACAUAUCCACCCGGCUUGGAAUACCUUAUGGACCUUGAAUAUCUUUUCGUGAACCAGAAAAUUGAGUUGCUUCAAGCUUUUACUGGAUGGGAAACUAAGAACAAGUAUGUUAUUAUGGAUAACAGGGACGAACUAGUAUUUUAUAUGGCCGAAGAAUCGGGAAUCUGUUGGCGAUUGUGCGUGGGAAAGUAUCGCUCGUGCGAAUUUUCCAUCUAUGACAAAAAUCGGCAUGAGAUUCUUCGUAUGAUCCGACCAUUCAGAUGCGAUGGUUGCUGUUGUCCUUGUUAUCUACAGGUUUUAGAAGUGUACUCCGGAAAUACUCUACUGGGUAGCGUUACUCAAGAAUGGAGUCUUUGGCGACCAAAGUUUUACGUUCGCGAUGCAUCCGGCCAACCAGUGUUAAUGAUAAAAGGUCCACUUAUUCGUUUUUGUAUUGAUGUAACUUUUAAGAUCAAAUCUAUGGAUGAAAAGCAUCGUGUCGGCAUGAUUCGAAAACAUUGGAGUGGCUUUGGUCGAGAGAUGUUCACCGUUUCUGAUAUGUUCGGUAUUCACUUUCCGCGCGAUUUGGACGUGAAGAUAAAAGCUGUACUGUUAGGAGCGUGUAUUUUAAUAGACUUCAUGUAUUUCGAGCAGGAGAAAUAAGUCAAUCUAUUUCAAUUUUUAAAAGAAAACCAAAGCUUUGUUCGUAUGAACAUACACCUUCAUCAACGUAUUUUGUUACAUAACAAAUACCUCAAAAGUCAUGUAUCAACUUAUAAGUACAUUCAAAAAUAUUUUGUAACGUACAAAUAUCUCAAAAAAUGUUUAACUACGGAAU